UAGAAACAGCAGCUCUGGAGCCCACUGUACAGUGUUGCUGUGUCUCUUGUGAGUUGAACUCUGCUCACUCCAGGAGGGAGCUUCUUUGGAGGUGACCUGGAGUCACCAUGCGUUAAGGAGCACUGUGUACGAGCACUGUGUGUAGGGCGUUUGACAGCUGACUAUUGCUGCUACUCUUCCCACUGACAAGCCAUGAGCUCCCUGUGUACAAAUACUCUGCGCAUGGUCAUGAAGACUAUGAUCGAUAGCCCUGGAUUUGAUCGAGUCUUGCAAAAGGUGGAACUUGUGUCUGCGAGUCCCGGAAAGGUAGUUUGUGAAUUGAAAGUUGAAGAAGAACAUACAAAUCGUGGAGGAACAUUGCAUGGAGGAUUAACUGCAACCCUGGUUGAUGUAAUAUCUACAGCUGCUCUUGUCCAUACAGAGAGAGCAGCUCCAGGAGUUAGUGUGGAUAUGAACAUAACGUACAUGAAUGCAGCGAAAAUUGGGGACUCCAUUCUCAUCACUGCUCAGGUUUUAAAGCAAGGAAGAAGCCUGGCCUUUGCAACCGUAGAUCUGACUAAUAAAGUCACAGGAAAAAUGAUCGCACAGGGCCGACACACAAAGCAUCUGGGGAAUUGACAUUGAUGGAAUGUUUGUUAUGUCCUAAGUAAUAGAUGAAAAGAACAAAUUAAGCACACAUUAGAUUUUUUCUGCUCAUAUAAACAUGGAAAACUUUUUGGUUAAAUACGAGAAGGUUACACAAAGGUUUCCAAUGCGAUAGUUUAAUUUAUCUUGAUUAAAAAAACGUCACUUGAGGUUAUCU